UAAAUCUUACUUCACUUUAUCUUAUUUUAUUUUUUAUUUUUGAAAUCUAAUUUCACUUUAUUUUGGUAUAUUUGACUUUACCUUCACUUUAUACCCUCGUCUCCUGUGUAAACCUCUUUUUAUUGAAUAUUAAUGCUGCUGUAACAACUUCAUUUCCCUCCUCAGUCUCAGUCUAAAGGCUCAUUAAGUGAAAAGGUGUCGUUUCUUUUCAACAUUUGACCUCUAAAAUUAUCUCUUGUCUCGUCUGCCGUGUUCCUUCUGUCUCUGUUUUCCCGUUAACUGAUCUAUCUCUGGAUCCCUACGGACAGAAAAAGGUUCGUCUUUAGGUGGCUCAGACGUAACGAGGGUCCUCGGCAGCAUCGAUCCUCCGACCUGCAGGACGUCUGGGCUCAGAGCCAGAGAGCCGGGUGGAGGGAGGGAGGGAAGAUAAAUAAUCCCAUAAAGGAUGCUUUGAGUCAGCCGAGGAGGUGCAGAGGAGGAGAGGGGGCUCCGGUCAAACAGUCCCCCGGCUUGUUGGAGGCUGCAUUGCAGAGGGAGACAGGGGAGAAGGCUGGGGGGGUCCAGGGAGGAGGAGGAGGAGGAGGAACUCUGCUGCAAACAGGAGGUGCUGAUGCUGCAGAGCUGAGGAGAUAUUCAGGCUUCAUGGUGCGAAUCAGAAGCCGGCGGGAUGGAGAGCAGAAGAAGAGCCAGAGAGGAGGAUAGCUGCUGCCCAGAGACCACCUCUCCGCUGGGGGGCUUCAUGCCCUGGGACAGUCCUGGGAGAUAGAAGGAGGAGGAGGAGGCAGGAGAAGGAGGAGGAGGAGACUGGACCGGAGGGUGGUGGUUUAAGGCUGCCCUGCUGUAUUUUUGGAUGUGGGAUCUCCUGAAUUAAGCGAGCAAGCUGGAAUAAAGAUGUAGUGUGAGCCGGGGGAAGGAGGGGGACAGAACAAGGAGAGCGCUGUGCUGAGGGGGAGGAGAGGGCUGGACGUCCCGGACCCACGGACCCAGAUCUGGGGGGAGACGGACGCCGAGGGUCUACCGGAUCGGGAAGAUGCCCUCUCGCUGCAGGAAUGCGCUGAACAUCGUGCUCACCACCCUCUUUGCAGCGGUGGUCCUCUUCACCAUCCUGCUGGCCUACGUCACAGGCUACCAGUUCAUCCACACCGAGCAGCACCACCUCUCCUUCGGCCUCUAUGGCGCCUUCCUCUCCCUCCACCUCCUCCUCCAGAGCCUCUUCGCCUUCCUGGAGCACCGGCGGAUGAGGAGUCCGGCCCGGCCUCAGCACCUCCGCCGCUCGGUGGCGCUCUGCAUCGCUGCCUACCAGGAGGACCCGGACUACCUGAGGAAGUGUCUGCGCAGCAUCCGUCGGAUCUCCUUCCCGGGCCUGAAGGUGGUGCUGGUGGUGGACGGGAACCGGCCCGAGGACCGCUACAUGAUGGACAUCUUUCAGGAGGUGAUGGGCGGCGCCGACCAGGCCGGCAGCCUGGUGUGGAAGGGGAACUUUCACAGCGACGGCAGCGGGGGAGGCGGCGUCGGAGGCGGAGGGAGGAGCACGGUGCACAUGGAGGAGGCCGGAAGAGUCGCCCGGCUGGUCAGAGGAUGCAGGUUCUCCUGCAUCAUGCAGGAGUGGGGAGGCAAGAGGGAGGUGAUGUACACCGCCUUCAAAGCUCUGGGAGACAGCGUGGACUAUGUGCAGGUCUGUGACUCGGACACCGUCCUGGAUCCGGCUUGUACCAUCGAGAUGCUGAAGAUCAUGGAGGAGGAUCCGAUGGUGGGAGGAGUCGGAGGAGACGUGCAGAUCCUCAACAAGUACGACUCGUGGAUCUCCUUCCUCAGCAGCGUCCGCUACUGGAUGGCCUUCAACAUCGAGCGGGCCUGCCAGUCCUACUUCGGCUGCGUCCAGUGCAUCAGCGGCCCUCUGGGGAUGUACAGGAACGCCCUGCUGCAGCGCUUCCUGGAGCCCUGGUACCACCAGACCUUCCUGGGCUCCAAGUGCAGCUUCGGCGAUGACCGCCACCUCACCAACCGGGUGCUCAGCUUCGGCUACAAGACCAAGUUCACGGCUCGGUCGCAGUGCCAGACGGAGACGCCGACCCAGUACCUGCGGUGGCUCAACCAGCAGACGCGAUGGAGCAAGUCGUACUUCCGCGAGUGGCUCUACAACGCCCUGUGGUUCCACAAGCACAGCCUCUGGAUGACCUACGAGUCCGUGGUCACCGGCUUCUUCCCCUUCUUCCUGGUGGCCACGGUGAUCCACCUGUUCUACCGGGGGCGGCUGUGGAACAUCCUGCUCUUCCUGCUGACGGUGCAGCUGGUCGGGAUGGUGAAGGCCACGUACGCCUGCUUCCUGCGCGGCAGCCUGGUCAUGAUCUUCAUGUCGCUCUACUCGCUGCUCUACAUGUCCAGCCUGCUGCCCGCCAAGAUAUUCGCCUUGCUGACCAUCAACAAGGCCGGAUGGGGGACGUCGGGCCGCAGGAAGAUCGUGGUCAACUUGAUCGGCGCCGUCCCGGUGACGGUGUGGUCGCUGGUGCUGCUGGGGGGCGUGGCCUACACAGUGUACUGUGAAACCCAGGAGCCCUUCAGCGACACGGAGAAAGCCUUGUUGAUAGCGGGGACGAUCCUGUACGCCUGCUACUGGCUCAUCCUGCUGGUGCUCUACCUGGCAAUCGUCGCCAAACGCUGCAACAAGAGGGAGGAGCAGUAUCACCUGCCGUAUGCGGAGGCGUAAACCCGCUGCGAGAGAGCAUGCUGGGAUGUUUCUCUGCAGUGCGACUCCAGCGAAGGUCUCCGUUGACCCUGUGAGCUGCUGGAGCGACGAGCUGCCUCACAUCUUCAUCACUGGUGCUAUAAAAGGUGUGAAUCCGAAAUCUGAGCAGCUUUGGGGGAAGGGGGAAGUCUCAAAGACGACUGGAUCCAUUCAGCUCUCCCAGUUCUAUCAAUGGUGCUGCACACUGAAAACCCAAGCAGAACCGAUCCAGGUCACAAAGAGUUCACAUACUCGCUCAGAAGAACAUUAGGUAGUGGACGGGUGCAGGUUAGCGGUGGAAGUGUGAGUGUGUAGUGCGGUGCUUUUAAUGAGUAUGAAAGCAAGAAAAGACACUAAAGUUUUUUAUGUUCAAGAUAAUUUGCUCAGAUUAGUCAGAGCAAAGUCUAUUUCGGGAUAUAAAAGUGGCACAGCAGGGUCAACUAAAGACCGACUGUGCAGGAAAGGAUGCAAAUUUGUCGGUUUGAUCUUUAAAAAGUAUAAAGAAGAAGAAGUGAGAAAGAGAGUUUUUGGUGAGUCAGACGCACGCUGACGUUCUAGCUAUUUACAGCUAACGUUUGUGCAGUUGAUAUAUGAGCAGAAAGUGCAGGAAAAACCCAGAACAAGCCUUAAAGAGCCCAUAUUCUGCAUAUGUACAGGUUUAUAAUUGUAUUUUUGGUGUCUACUACAACAUGUUUAUCUGCUUUAGUGUCCAAAACCACAUUAUUUCUGUUUGAAAUGCUUCAUUUUACUUCCUGUCUCUUUAAGCCCCGCCUCUCAAUGUCUGCUCUGAUUGGUCAGCUGGACCGACCAAAACCAGAUAACGUUGGUUAAUAAACCUGCAUUUCUGAGUACAGACAGAAAGAUGGAGCUUUAGUAGGCAGUGAGGUGGCUGCUCAUUCUUUAUUUGACGACAAGCUAACUGUUAGCGGGAUUUAUGCAAAUUAGUUACGUGAUGAUGUAGAUAGGUAACACAAGGAAAGCCUGGACUUCAAAUGAGGCGUUUCAGGUGCAGUGUUUUCUGCAGUGUGGAUGUUGUAAGUUUGCAGACCUUUAAUGUACACAGAAAAGCAGCUGAAGCAAAAGAGGAACCAAAAAAAGGCAGGAUAUGGGCUCUUUAAAGUGUAAUACACACUGUAACUCACAAGUCGGGAGAGUUAUUGGUUGCUGUAAUCUUUCCUCCUGGAUGCAAUGAGCAGCAAAAGUUCUUCCAUUUAAAAAAAAAAAAGAAAUGCCAGUACUCAGCAGCAGCAGAAAUGACAAGCCGUAACUUUUAUUACUGACCCCAGCUCCGUCAGAUACUUACAGCAUAUGUGAAUAUAAAAGCAACUCUAAAUCUUUAACAUACCUGCAUUUAGCCCUUUGUAUUGGACACACAAAGACAGACAAAGAGAGACUUUAACCGUGCUUUUGUACAAUUAUUAAUUUUGAAACGUCACAAAAAAACCUUCACCAGCAGCUUUGGAGUGAAUAACCUCAUCUGCAUAGUGUUGUCAGAAGGUGGCGCUGUAAGCUACGUUAGCUGUAAUAGCCAGAGUAGAAGAAGCCACAAACAAAAACAGUUGUUUGUCAACCACUACAGAAGAAGAAACAAACCAAACUUUGUCCAUCUACGAGACAACACAGGAAAGAAUGACAUUAAUGUCAGCGGGUUUCGACCAAGUUUCAUGUUGUCUGGAGUCUCUAGAAGCAGAAAGAGCUGAUAAACCGUGUAAGGUAACACGAUCACAAUGUCAGAACUUAUUCAAAAAUUCUGUUUUCAUUGUUGUGGACGUUCAACAAGGUCGAGAGAGGAUGAGGAGCCAGACACAGAGAGACACACUGAAGACUCAGAUAACUUAGGUUGAGAGUAAGGUUUAUUGACAUCAGGAGAGGAGACACCAACAGAGCAGCAAGCAAUGCCAGCAUCACCUCUAAGGAUUCUCUCUGACCUUUGGGUAGAUAUUAUAGUCAGGAGAAGUUCAGAUUUAGAUUACAGACUAAUAUGGAAACAACUCGUCACAUCAGAAUAGACAAUAAUCAAUCCUUGACCAGAGCAAAGAGUCCUCAUGUUACAUACGGACUGAUGUAAUGCUGAAGCAGUCUUCUAAUGUUUAAUUUGUCCAGAUCUGCACAGUAAAAUGUUAAUUCCACCACAGCAAAGACCAGAAGUUCUCUGCAGCAAGGUGGGAAAAAUGUCCAUAUUUGCGUUUGUACACUUUCGCAGUUGCAAAACAUCAGUAAAAAUCCAAUAAUGUGCUUCUCUACUGUACUGAGCCUGAAUGUACAUUCAAACAGGUGACAAACAUAUCAUGUUUUAUGAAGUGUAUUACAGUAUAGUUGUGUUAGGAGGGUAUUUCUAAACAAACAGCAUCGACAGGAGGAAUUACAGCGACCUUAAACUCCUUCAUACAUGUUGAGUUCUGUAUCGAGAUUGAAAAAUCAGACUGUAUAAUGACGGAGACCAGCAGGUUUUGGUUGUUUUGAGAUGUUUUAAGAUGUUUUUAGAGCCUCGUCAUGGUUCACGUCCAGCUCUGAGUCCCGUCUCGUGUCCAUCAGCCGUGAACAGCACAAUCAUCAUCUACGAUCUUCCCUGAACAGACAAUCGGAACGUUUCCGAACAUGCAGCUGUAUUUUUGGUGCUGUUGAACAGUGUCAAACUUAUCGUCGGUCCAAUUCUCCGUUUACACUUUACCACCAGUGUGUUCCGUCAGAGAUUCUUUUCUAUUACUGUAAAGGUGCCAAAUUACUUUUAUGUAACAGACGUUUUCCUGCCGGACUCUUAAACUUUGUUUGUUCCGUCCAUCAGCAGCAGCGUAAAGACUGAACACCAAAGAGAUUUUCUGCUAAGGUUUGUCCCAAAAACGGUCGUCAGUGUAUCGGCAUCGUGCCAUUUAACUUAUGUUCAUAUUGUUUUAUGUUGAGCUGGCUGUACAUGUUCACUCAUACAUUAAAAAGAAAAUGUGUUUAGCUGGAAA